CCGGUUUACUGGACGGACGUACUUCCACGAUUCCUUACUGGAAUGGCGCUCAUCGUACCGGUCAACUGUGCGCCUCUGACAGUGCCACGUCGAGCGCACGUUAGCUCUCGCCGCCGCCGGUUUGGUGUUUCUGCCUCUCUAUCAUCUCGGCCUCGUGGAGAUGCAGUGGUGGUGGACUGGGUGAAGGAAACUGCGAGCUUCUUCGAGCAGGACUCCCGACCCAUUAUGUUGUUCGACGGUGUAUGCAAUUUAUGUAAUGGUGGCGUGAAGUUUGUCCGGGACAAUGAUCGAAGAAGGAAUAUUAGGUUUGAAGCUCUACAAAGUGAAGCAGGCAAGAAACUUUUGCAGAGAUCUGGAAGAGCACCUGAUGAUAUUUCAAGUGUUGUUCUUGUUGAAAAAGAUAGGUCGUAUAUCAAGUCAGAGGCUGUACUGAAGAUUAUGGAAUACAUAAAUUUGCCAUUUCCCCAGCUGGCAUUCUUCCUGCAAUUUGUACCCUUGUUCGUACGGGAUUUUGUAUAUGAAAAUAUUGCAGAUAACAGAUAUAACUUUUUUGGUCGGUCAGAUUCUUGUGAGAUAUAGGAUUUUCUUGGUCUGUAUUAUCAUGAAGAAGAGGAACAAGGUGCCUUUGUCUUGUAAUUAAAUGAUUUAUAUAUAGAAUAAAGUUGUGAUUCUUCCUUCCUUUCUUUUACUUGUGCAUGCGUUAAAGAUUACAGAUGGUGAGAGUUUAAUUUGUAAAUAAUCAUAUUGGUAAUCCUUUGAAUUUAUAGUCUUUUUGAUGACUCAACCCAAA